ACGUACAUUGUGAACACAUCCUUCCACAGAAUUAUUGCUACUUUGUGUAGUGAGUCUUGUGGUACAUGAUUUUCUCGUUUUGCUGCGAAGUUUACAGAUUGUGCAUGCUGCGAUAGCGUCAAACCCUGUCUUCAAGUGUUUGCUUUCUUUACGUUCUAUCACUCGCUUGAUGAGGUAUGCAGCAGUUCGUCGGAUACCCGCUUUGGUUGGUUUCCUGAAUUGUGGCCUACCCACCUCCGCAACCGAUCCGUUAGAUCUCGAGAACCUACCAUAUCCAGAGCGAAAGACGGUGACUGGUUCGCCGUGCUUAAACGAUAUUUUUGACCGUGCCCAAUAUCGAAAUCACGAAGGUUUAGAUGAUGUCCAAGGUGCUUUGGGCCUCUCAUUGCCCAGGGUCAGAGUAGGUGCGUCUAGGUUUUGUGACUGAGUUGCUGUCCGCUCCUGUUACCCGAGCAUCCUCUUACGAUUC